GAUAGAUCCGUGCAGAUCUGCAGCUGGAGCCGUGACGUUUAAAUGGACAAGACAGUAGGCUUUGGUGUUCGCCUGACACUGAGACAAAGAUAUUUUCUGCUCAUUGUCAUCGGAGCUCUCAUCACUUACCAUUUAUCAAGGAAUCGUCUUCAAUCGGGAAGAAGAAUGCUUCGUGGAGAGGGUCUGAUGGCAAACUCCUCUCAGUUCACUCUAGGGGGAAAGCCCUUCCGCAUCCUGGGUGGCUCCAUACAUUACUUCCGCGUCCCCAGAGCCUACUGGGAGGACCGUCUGCUGAAGAUGAAGGCCUGUGGUCUCAACACGCUCACAACGUAUGUGCCAUGGAACCUACAUGAGCCUGAGCGAGGGGUGUUCAACUUUGAAGACCAACUGGAUUUAGAAGCCUACCUCAGCCUGGCAGCCAAACUGGGCCUGUGGGUGAUCCUGCGUCCAGGACCGUACAUCUGUGCUGAGUGGGAUUUAGGCGGUCUACCCAGUUGGCUAUUGCGGGAUCCAAACAUGAAACUGAGGACGACCUAUCCUGGAUAUACAGAGGCAGUCAACUCCUUCUUUAAUCAGCUCAUUAAGAGAGUUGUCUCUCAUCAGUUCUCCAAGGGUGGCCCGAUUAUUGCAGUUCAAGUGGAGAAUGAGUAUGGUGCCUAUGCUAAAGAUACAGAGUACAUGCCUUUCAUGAAAGAGGCGUUAGUGUCGAGGGGCAUCACAGAGCUUCUGCUGACCUCAGACAACACCGAUGGACUAAAGCAUGGAGGAGUGAAAGGAGCUUUAGAAACACUAAAUUUCCAGAAAUUUGACUUGGAGACGAUAAAGUAUCUUGAUAUCAUGCAGCCGCAGAGGCCAAAGAUGGUGAUGGAGUACUGGUCUGGCUGGUUUGAUGUCUGGGGGGGCCUUCAUCAUGUCUACACUGCUGAAGAGAUGUUGUCUGUGGUCACAAAAAUCCUGCAGCUGGACAUGUCAAUCAACCUCUACAUGUUUCACGGAGGGACAAACUUUGGCUUCAUGAGUGGGGCGUUUGGUCAUGAAUUACUUGCACCUAAACCGAUGGUGACGAGCUAUGAUUACGAUGCUCCAUUAUCCGAGGCUGGGGAUUACACCAACAAGUACCAUCUUCUGAGGAAUUUAUUCAGCCUCUACCACACCCAGCCUCUGACUGACAUGCCCUAUCCCACGGAGAAGAGAGCCUACCAGCCUGUUGUCAUUGAGCAGCACUUAUCUCUGUGGGACUGUCUGCAUUUCACUGAAAAGCCUUUUAAAUCAGAAAAGCCUGUGAACAUGGAGAACCUCCCAGUCAACAAUAACAACGGUCAGUCCUACGGCUACACGCUGUAUGAAACCACCAUCACCCGUGCAGGAACUCUCCGAUCAAACAACAAUGUCAGAGACAGAGCGCUGGUUUUUGUGGACAAAUAUUUUAUUGGUGUUCUGGAUUAUAAGACUCAAGAACUUGCACUCCCUGAAGGAAAGGCUCACAGAACGCUGAGUUUACUGGUUGAAAACUGUGGAAGAGUGAACUACGGGACAACCCUGGAUGAGCAACACAAAGGGCUUGUUGGAGAUAUCCAGUUGAACAAGCAUAUCCUCCGAGACUUCAUUAUUCACAGUCUGAGUUUGAAGCCAGGCUUUGUAAACAGGCUGGAGUCUUCAAAUCACUGGAUGCCAAUGCGUCAGCGACCGUCCUUCCCUGGUUUUUUCCAGGCCAAACUUUAUGUAAACAUGUUUCCUAAAGACACCUUCAUCAAGCUCCCUGGCUGGGGUAAAGGUGUAGUCUUCAUCAACGGACAUAAUCUGGGGCGAUACUGGUCCAUCGGUCCUCAGCAAACUCUGUACGUCCCGGGAACCUGGCUGCAGAGGGGGUACAACCAGAUCAUAGUGUUUGAAGAGCAGGAAAUGGAUGGCAAGAUCCAGUUUGCCAGCAAACCUGACUAUGGCAUGGCAGUCGACGUCCAUUAAGGUGAACGAUGAGGACGGACGAGGAGAGGAGGAUGAUGGGAGAGAAACAGGAGUGCAUCACUCAGGCGAUGAGCGUCAUCUUCUCAGGAAUCAACAUCGUUAAUAAUGUUGUGUUUAGUAAAUGUGCCGUGAAGUCUAAACUGCACAGUUGGGGGCCAAGAAACUAUUACUGAUCAUGAUCUGAUAAAGUUUACUAAAAUCUCUCCCCCUUGCUGGGUGGGUUUAUGGAUUCCAACAGAGAAAAUGCGAUAAUUAAAGGCUGCUGCAACCUCUGUGUCUGUAUCCAAAGCCAAAUCUUCUUAUUUAUCCUGCAAAUCCGGAUCUAUUUAUUGUGACAGUCGUUUCUUAUGAUCUGUCUGAUGCUGUGAGCUCUGGCACAGCGGGUGGAAUAACAGGCUGUGAUUGAAGAAUUUCCCUCUGAACACUCAUCCGUCCUAUUAAGUGCUUACCAGGCAGGUUAUCUAUUAAAGUUUAUCUAAUUGAGUGAAAAAGGACAUGAGUAAACCAGUGCAUGCACUUCAACAAAAUAAUAAUCAUAGUUUCAUGAGGAGAAAUUAUUUAUUUGAUGGCUGCCGUUUUUGUUCAUUCAGUUAUGUUACACUUUCAUUAAAUGAAUCUCACAGGUGGUGUUUUAUCCCCCGCCCACACAAACAAAUAUAUACUCAUCCACUAUACACAAGCACAGACAAAUACAAAGCAAAAACCACACCCACACACUCACAGACGCACAAAUACACUCACAGACACAACAGUGCAGAUUAAGGGGGUUCCUGGAAGCUGGGUCAUUUUACAGAUCCACUCAGUCUACAGAGAUUCAUAAAUCCUGCUCCGUGUACAGCUCAGUUGUUGGUGCUGUCCUCCAACAUUGUCCUUUCAGUACUCAAGCAAUAUUUCAUCAGUGUUUUCCUAUUCUGAAGUGUACAUGCUUCUCUUUUUCCAGAUUUGCAAAACAAGGUAAUUUCUAAAAUUGAAAUUGAAUUUGCCAUUGAGCUGGAAACUGAAAAAGUAAAAUCACUAAUAACAACCUCCACUUUACAUGUUUUUAGAUCUUUUUACAGCUGUUUUUCUUUAAUUUGGCUCAAUACCAAAAGAGAUUAUAAAGAGCUCAUUCUGAGAGUAACAUUUCAAGCAUCUGUCUGAAGAACUGGAGUUUAAAUCAUGAAUUCUGUCUUUACUAAGGCCACCAAAAUAACAUUUGGAUUCAUCAGAAAUAACACAUACAAAAAUUUGACACAGAAUUAAAGCACUAUAAUAUCAAACGUCACUGUUCAUACAACUGUCAAUGUUAACUUGAUGAACACACAAGCCAAAUAUUUCAUAACCUGACACGUAAGAUUGACUGUUUCAUAUCUCCACUGCAUGGAUAUAUUUCACAUUCAUCUGGGAAAGCUCCCAUAGAAAUCAUUUGUGAUGGGCAGGGCUUUUCAAAAAUUCUCAUAAAAUGAUUGGAUGAAAAUUCUGUCACAUUCAUGACGGCCAAUCAGUGAUGAGACAAUAUGACGUUGUAUGCAUGUGCUACUCUUGAGCUGAUAGGCUACUGCUGCUGUAGAAUUUUAUUGGCAGAGCGUCGCUGUAAAUGAAAUUGAUGCCAAGGCCGGACAUGCAAAAACAUCCUCUCUGCCAAGACAAGCUUUGGGUGUGGCUCUUUGAAAAGAAAUGUUGUCCAGUUCAGAUUAAGCUGCCGCUUUUCCACAGCUACAUCUAUGCUACAUUAUAGCUACCGCAGCCACAGCCAUGAGAUUUACUGGAAAACCCCACCGGUAAUGAUAGUAAACUCAUGCGGAACUCCUCACUCCAGCAGC